AAUGGAUGGAUUAUUAUUUAUUGCCAAUAAGCUUGUAGUAUAGUAAGUAGACAUAGCAGUUUAGCUCGUACAGCACGGAAGCUGGUCCUGGACGGACGGGCGUUCGUUGCUAUGGGGAUUGUUAGCUUUGAGUAUCCUUGGUACCCAUACCUAAUAAACCUGCCGCUCCGAGGAGAGGGACUGGCUAAACCGUUAGGUAACUUGUUUUAAAGGUAAACAGUUUUAUGCUUGACAUUUAUCUGUAACGUAAACGUUAAACCUCAUUGCUGAACCUGAACAAGACUCAUCUGACAGUUGGAAGUACAACAAUUCACUUAUUUCUGACACGAAAAUCAGGCUCAGACUUUACUCAGCUGAAGGAUGACUGCGUCUCAGAUUGUGGCUGAGCCCCAUUUCAUUUUUGGCAUGCGACCUGGAGUAGCCAACAACAUCUGCUACAUUGAUGAACAAACUGUCAUCUUCCCAGCGGGAAACAAUUGUGUGCGAUACAAUCUUGACGAGCAAUCACAAAAGUUCAUUCCAGGCUUAGAGAAAAGCCUGGGAUUGCAGUCCUUGGCCCUCAGCCCUGACCGGCGCUACCUGGCUGUGUCAGAACAGGGUGAGAAGGGCAUGAUCUCAGUGUAUGAUCUGCAGAAGGAGCAUAACAAGAAGAGAAAGGUACUGACUGGAGGAGAUAUUGCUGUGCAAGAGUUUGUCUGUAUGGCCUUCUCCCAUGACUCUAAGUACCUCAUCAGCCAAUCAGGAGCUCCAGACUGGACCCUCUUUUACUGGGCUUGGCAGAAGCAGAAGGUCCUGGCCACACUAAUCACUGGUGGGCCCACCAAUCCUGUGUAUCAGGUGAGCAUAAACCCUCUGGACAAUACUCAGAUUUGUGUGAGCGGACAUGGGGUGUUCAGGCUCAUCCAAUAUGCCAAGGGGUCCCUGAAACAGUUUAAUGCCCAGAAGAAGAAGGUCAAUAACUACCUAUCACAUGACUGGAUGUCAGAGAAGCGGGUGAUAGCAGGCACAGAGAUGGGCCAGCUGCUGGUGUUUGAGUCUGGAGAGCUUCGUUGGGAGAUGAAUGUCAUGACUAAGACCUCCACACAGGAUCCAGAAAGAACAGUGGAGAAAAAUCAAGAAGCAGCAGUUGCAUCCCAGCCGCCUCGUGUCACAGUCAUCAAAGCGUACUCCAAGGGGUUUGUCUGCUCUGCGGGACCAGGAACGGUCUUUCUGUUUGAGAAGAUGGAGGAUAAGGAUGGCUACAGGAAAUGCUCUGAGAUCCGGAUCCCACCAGAUCCGUAUAGUAAUGAUCCCAGCCAGGCAGAACAGCAGGAGUUUGUGUCCUUGUGUAUUAGUCCAUCGGAGGAAACCCUGACAGGCUCUACUAACCGUGGUCAGCUCUACAGUAUUGCCUUGUCCUCUGCAGAAAUUGGCAAGCAGGGGGAUCAGGCCCAGUUUGAUUUCCUGACUGAGUCCUUCCACUCUGACACCAUAACGGGCCUGUCCAUCUGUUACUGCAAGUCCAUUGUUGCCACCUGUUCGUUGGACCGCUCUGUGCGAAUCUGGAAUUUUGAGACCAACUCACUAGAGGUGUACAAAGAGUUUCAGGAGCAGGCCUUCAGUAUAGCUCUGCACCCCACCGGGCUGUUCAUCCUGGUGGGCUUCUGCGACAAACUGCGCCUGCUCAAUCUACUCAUCAAUGACAUCAGGACAUUCAUGGAAUUCAAUGUUCGUGGAUGUAGAGAGUGUGCUUUUAGUACUGGAGGACACCUGUUUGCUGCUGUGAAUGGAACCGUCAUUCAUAUUUACUCCACAAUAACAUUUGAAAAUGUUCGGAACCUGAAAGGUCACAAUGGAAAGGUGCGCUCCAUCAUCUGGAGCGAUGAUGACAGUCGGCUGGUGUCGUGUGGCAUGGACGGGGCUGUGUACGAGUGGAACACCCUCACCACUAAGCGGGAGUCUGACUGCGUCCUCAAGACCUGCAUGUACACCAGCAUCGCCAUCUCUCCUGAUGCCAAGAUUGUCUUUGCUGUGGGAACCGACUGCACGCUGAAAGAGAUUCAAGACCACCAUAUAGUGAAAGAUGUGCCAGCUGAAGAUGUGACCUAUACAGCCGUGGCUUUCUCUCUCUCUGGUCGAAUGCUUUUCACCGGCACCUCGUCUGGGACUGUCAGGGUUAUGAAAUACCCCUUACCCACACAUAAGGACUGGAUAGAGUACCAGGGCCAUGCAGCACCAAUCACCAAGAUGGUCAUUACUUUUGAUGACCAGUUCUUACUGACUGUAGCAGAAGAUGGCUGCUUGGUCGUCUGGAAGAUCAUAGACCAGGAGAGACAUGGUCUGAAGCGGGACAAAGCAAUCUACUACAGUGAAGAGAUCCUCAUAACCAAGACUGACCUAGAGGACAAGAACCAGAACAUGCUGGAACUAAAAACAAGGGUCGAGGAGCUGAAAGUAGAGAAUCAGUUCCAGCUUCGGUUGAAGGGCAUGGAUCAUGAAAAGGAGGUCAAAGAGAUGACUGAUAAGUUCAUGCAAGAGAUCGAAUCUCUAAAAACAAAGUACCAGGUUCUUAAGGCUGAGAAAGAAAAAAUGGAAUCGGACCACAAAGAAUCCAUGGAAAGAGUGAUGGAAAGGAACACAAAAGAGAAGCUAGAUCUAGAGUCAACCAGUCUCCAGAAUCUGAUGCUGGAGUAUGAGAGGUAUCAGGAGCUGCAGCACAAGUCCCAAAAAAUGCAGGAGGAAUACGAGAGGCAGCUUCAGAUCACUGAGGAGAGGAAAGCACAGGCCCUGGAGGAGCACACCCAGCAGUAUGAGUCCAGAUUGAAGGAGAACCUCUUCAAACUCAAGGAGAGUGAGGACAAGGCCCAGCAGCAGCAGAAGGAAUAUGAGGAGAUGAUAAGGCAGAUAGAGGAGGAUGCAGACAGGGAGAUCCUGGACAUUCGUGCCAAGUACGAGAGAGUUCUGAAGGAGGAGAAAGAUACCAGCUUGCAGUUGAAAGAUGAAACUGGCAUUAUGAGGAAGAAGUUCAGUAGCUUACAGAGGGAGAUCGGUGACAAGAACCUGGAGACUGAAAAACUAAGGUUGGAACAUCAGAAGCUCCAGGGUGUCAUAAAGUCUUUGGAGAAGGACAUUGUGGGCCUGAAGAGGGAGAUUCAUGAGCGGGAUGAGACCAUUCAGGAUAAGGAAAAGUGCAACUAUGACAUGAGGAUGAAGAACAGUGACCUGGAAAAAUUCAAGUUUGUGCUGGAGUAUAAAAUUAAUGAGCUGAAAAAGCAAAUUGAACCCAGAGAGAACAGUAUCAUAGAGAUGAGAGAACAGAUCCAAAAGAUGGAAGAUGAACUGGGGCAGUUCAAGAGAAAAAAUACCCAGCUGGAACUGACGAUUACAGAGUUCAAACUGAAGCUGAAGGUCACAGAUGAGGACAAACGCAAGGAGAUGCAGAGGGUGCGUAAUAUGAAAACCUUGGUGCAAAGAUUCAAGACAGACCUACACCACUGUGUGGAGUUUAUUCAAGAACCCAAGAAAUUGAAGGACAGCAUUUGUGAGCUUUAUAGUUCCUACGUACAAUCUGAUGUGGUGGACAUGGUUGGGGGAGACAGUGACAUCCAGAAGGAGUACAGCCGUCAGCGGGAUCACUUAGAGAAAACCGUGGCCAACUUCAAGAGGAAGAUGGCCCGGGACAGUGAAAUCCAUCAUGAAGAAAGAUUAAGGAUAAUAAGGGAAAAUACGUCCCUGAUCAAUGAGAACCAGGAAUUAAUACGGGAGCUGCACCACAUUAAGAGUCAUGCCCCGCUUGCCUCGAUGACGUCUGCUCCUGUCACUUCAGUGACAGUGCUCAGCUCCAGCGGUGAAUCAGAGGAGAUUAUCCAGCGCCAGCGUGUGGAGAUCGACCGUCUUCGACAGGAGGUCCUGGUCCACGGGGACACACACCUGGUCCAGAGCCCCUCCAGCCUCAAACUUCCCCCACUUCUCUCCUGAAACUCCUUUUUCCGGACAACAGAUUAUACGGUCCAAUGACUAUCACCUAUUCACUGUACAGAACCUAUAAGCCUUCAGUCUUUUAAAACACAAGGAGAAAUUCUUUUUUAUAGUUUAUGGCACACAGUUUGAAUGUUUAAUAAAAAGACUCUUUAAAUGUAAA